AUUUCAGCGCCUCGGUCUCAGUGAGCCGGCAGCAGCCUCUUCCUUCCCUCUUCCUCUUCGCUGCCCGCUUCCUUGCCGUCGAGGGGUGUCUCUUCCUGUUCCUCUUCCUGCUCCUGCUUCCUCUGCUUCCUCGCUCACCAUGACUGACCAAGCCAUCUCCUUCCUCAAGGACUUCUUAGCCGGCGGCGUGGCGGCUGCCAUCUCCAAGACGGCCGUGGCGCCCAUCGAGAGGGUCAAGCUCCUGCUCCAGGUCCAGCACGCCAGCCUGCAGAUCACGGCUGAGAAGCAGUACAAGGGCAUCAUCGACUGCGUGGUGCGGAUCCCCAAGGAGCAGGGCUUCCUCUCCUUCUGGCGUGGCAACUUGGCCAACGUCAUCCGGUACUUCCCCACCCAGGCCCUCAACUUUGCCUUCAAGGACAAAUACAAGCAGAUCUUCCUGGGCGGCGUUGACAAGCGGACCCAGUUCUGGCGCUACUUCGCCGGCAACUUGGCGUCCGGAGGGGCCGCCGGGGCCACCUCCCUCUGCUUCGUCUACCCGCUUGAUUUUGCCCGAACGCGCCUGGCGGCCGACGUGGGCAAAGCCGGAAUGGAGCGGGAGUUCAAUGGCUUGGGCGACUGCCUGGUCAAGAUCUUCCGGUCAGACGGCCUGCGGGGCCUCUACCAGGGCUUCAAUGUCUCCGUCCAGGGCAUCAUCAUCUACAGAGCGGCUUACUUCGGCAUCUACGAUACCGCGAAAGGAAUGCUUCCCGACCCAAAGAACACCCACAUUUUGAUCAGCUGGAUGAUUGCGCAGACAGUGACGGCCGUCGCUGGUCUGACCUCUUACCCCUUUGAUACGGUGCGGCGGCGCAUGAUGAUGCAGUCUGGGCGCAAAGGUGCCGACAUCAUGUACUCGGGCACCAUUGACUGCUGGAGGAAGAUUGCCCGCGACGAGGGGGGCAAGGCCUUCUUCAAGGGCGCCUGGUCCAACGUCCUGCGCGGGAUGGGGGGCGCCUUCGUCCUGGUCUUGUACGACGAGAUCAAGAAGUACACAUAAGCAGCGCCCGUCCCUGCUUCGUUUGCGGCGCCGCUCUCAUGGACUGCGUCAAAACUAUUUAUCAGUUUCCGCUGAGGUUUCCGCUGGUUGGCAGAGGGACCACAGUUCCGCUUGCCCCGAUCCGUCUUUCGAGUCAUUCCCCUGGCGAUGAUGGGACUCAAACUUCAUUUUUACUCAGUCACUCCCUGUUAAAAUAAGUUUGAGAGAAAUACCAAUAAAGUUUUAAAAGCUCUC